AUGAAGGAGCUCUGGUUUCUGAGGAAUGAAUGUAUUUUUGGGAAUGUUAAAUGUGAUCUGAAUGUCACCAAGAAGAAAAUCAAGCAAUUACUAUUAGAUAAUGAGCUCAGAUUGACUGCAAAUAUGUGGAACAAACAAUAUGGUUUACAGGUACUCAAAAUUUUUGGUCUGAAGAUAAGGGGAGUGAAGAGUAUGAACAUAAAAGAAGUGUUUUUCCAACUACCUGAACAGGGGAAAUUGCUACUUUGUUGUGAUGGAUCUUCUAGAGGAAAUCCAGGUGGACUAGGUGUUUCUACAAAUUAUUAUGCUGAGAUUUUUGCAGUAUUAAUAGCAGGGGAGUGGGCACUUAUUCAUGGAUUCAAUAAACUUGUAUUUAAAACAGACUCAAAAGUUUUCAUUAGUGAUUUUCAGGGAAAUACACUUCCAUGGUUUGCUAUUACCAGGUGGGAAAGGAUUUGUGAAGCAUCCAUUUCUUGGGAGUUCACUCAUAGUUACAGAGAAGUCAAUUUCUCUGCAGAUACAAUGGCAAAAAGAGGUUCAGUGUUAUGCAGAGGUGAACAGAGUAUAUAUGGACAAAAACCUGACUUUCUAGGUUGUUUAGAAGAUCCAAAUCAAGUGUACUUUACAUUUUUCUAA